UUUUUAAGAUUAAAUUGCGUGUUGCUUUCAACCCGGGUGUCAGUUCAUGAAACGGUUCGCGGAAUUUUCAAUAGUUUUGGUUCAAAAGGCGCAUUAAGUCGGGCGGAACUGCGACCUGUGGAAUAGUUAGCAGGCUCAGAUCAGAAAAUGGAAAUCGAUGAAGAUAGGAGCGAUUUUGAGAAAGAUGAAGAGGAAGAUGACGAUUCGGUUUCCGAUCUCUUGAGAGAUCGCUUUCGUCUCUCUGCCAUCUCCAUCGCCGAAUACGAAGCAGCUAAGAGAAACGGUAUGGAGAUUUCUCAACCGAUAGUGGCUUGCAUUGCCGAUUUGGCCUUCAAAUACAUCGGUCAGCUGGCAAAAGACCUUGAGCUAUUUGCACACCAUGCUGGUCGUAAAUCCGUAACCAUGGCGGAUGUUAUAGUUUCUGCUCAUAGAAAUGAACAUUUAGCUGCGUCUUUGAGGUCUUUCCGCGAUGAGCUUAAAGCGAAAGAACCCCAAUGUGAAAGGAAGCGGAAGAAAGUACCCAGAAAAGAUGACAAGGCUAUCGAAGGUAUUGUGCAUAUCCCUGAUCUCUGAUUCUAGAUUUUGGAUAACUAACCCGAUCUGCAAAUAUUGGACAUGGCUCACAAGUCUGUUACACACUAUAAACUUACAAAAAUAUGCAAAACCAUGAUGAAUGGUAAUUCAAUUUGUAAUACAAUCUAUUUUCUCUUCAAA